GAUCUGACUCCAUUUCUACUCGUUUACAGUGAAAGAUGUUCAAGGUCCACGGAUUCUUUCUAGAGAUUGCUUCAUGCUAUACGCGAGACUUGUAGCUGGUAUGACGUCUUAAACCACACAAGUCACUACCUAUUUACCAAUUGACUUGCUGCCCUCUUGUGAAGUUCUCACUCUUCUUUGAUUAUCUCGUCUGCCUACAUAUAAACAUAUUGUCAAUCUGGGUGAAUAUAUCAUUUGAUAACAAUUGAAACUUCAUCAUACAAUCCUUACCAAACCGCUCAAAAACAUCAAAACUUGUAUCGACAUAUCAAAAUGCCUCGUGGAGCGGAAUACGACAACGGCGUCCCACAAUCAGACAACGCCAUUGGAGGUGAAAAGAACAUUAUCCACGGUGGUGAUGGAAAGGUACUGCACAAACAUGCGACACCUCUUUUUCUGAUCUGGUCCGAAAACAAAGAAUUGUCUCAGACUUUGGCUAACUACCCUCUACGACAACAGCCUACGACCGAAUCAGAAAUCGCCGGUGCCAAAAAGGCAGCUCCCAUGCCCGAAGGUCUGAGCGAAGUCCACGACGAAGUGCACAGCGGUGGAGGCAGUAGAGGAAACCUGGAGGGAUCUGGAAAAGGUGGACACGAACCAAAGACUUUGGGAGAGAAUAAAGGGUUGAAUGCAUGAGACCAAGACUUGAAGUAUUUUAUUCGUUAUAAGUACGACCACAGUGCAUCAAUGUACUGUACACUGUCCGUAGUACUCAACCGAGAUGACUGGGUGACGCCCUCUCCCCUCCCCUCCAACCUUCUUGAGGACGACCUCACACAAGAGUACAGUAUCGCAUGGUAAUUCAUACUCUGUGUGCUCGCAUUCAAUGACAUUACAUCUCAAAUGUUGGAAUCUUCAUGUACAAAUCUAUUCUAUGUAUCUUG